CCUUCCGCUCCUUCAACCGUGCUUCCGCUGAUCGAUCGUCCUUGCGUGGGGUGGGCAGUGUAAUCUUAAAAUUCGUUGGAAGCUUAUAUUGGGAUUAUUUUCUUAGCAGUAAAGAAUGUCUUCGGAUCAUAAAGACGCUGAUCAUGUACACGUUGCCGACGAGAAACCAGCUGUUGUAACGAAGGAUCACUCUAGCAGCAAACGGACUUCAACUCCGGAAAGUUCGCCCCCUCAUGCAAGAAAAUUCCCCUUCAAAAUCCCGAGUCCUAUACCAACAAGACGAACUAGGACAACUUCUCAAUCACGAAUUGCAUCAGAAUCUCCAGAGCAAACAGGAGUUUGCAAGAAUUUCUGUCGGAACAAAGGUCAUGGUUUUAUCACACCUGACGAUGGUGGCAAGGAUAUUUUUGUGCACAUCUCUGACAUUGAAGGAGAAUUUGUGCCAAAAGAAGGAGACAGAGUCACUUUCCGCACAUGCCCAUUACCUCCAAAAAAUGUUGAGAAGCAAGCGGUCAUGGUAGUACUCACUGAAUUGAAAGGAGCUCACGAGAAAUGGUGGAGCAAUUCUUAGCCAAAAUAGACACACUUCAAUGAACCGCUUUGAGCACAUUAAUACGGAUAGAAAAACCCUUUUUAUUCACCUGCAAGCAAUGUAUAAAUUAGAGAGGUGAUUUCAAAGAAGCUGGAGUGGUUUGUCUGACUCCAUGACCCAAAGUUAUUGAAAAGGUUCAAAGCACUUUAAUGCGUAGUGGCUUGAUUCAUUAAAUUCCUGUAUUCUUUGCAGUACCUAUUCCAUUCAUUUUAGUCAAGAAUUUUAAGGUGUCUUUUAGACAAAAUUGAAAUUUUGGCCCUUUUUGAAGCUCAACUAAGAUUUUUUGUUUGAAAAAUGUGAUGCUGUUAUUUAACCAUACGGUCAAACUCAUAUUUUCCAUGUCAAAACUUUAAGACAACAAAACAACGUGGAAACAAGAGAAUGGCAACACAGACUUUCAUCUCAAACUUCCCUUCAGCUUUUUUCUCCCACCCUUUUCCAGUCCGACCCACCCCCCUACCCCCGACAUCAACAAAGACGCUCUCCUUACUGGUCUUAGUACAUCUGUUGUACAUGUGUAUUGAUACUGAGUCAGCCAGGAGAGUUUGGUUCAAUUAAUAAUUAUCAUUUUAACUAUAUGCCCUCUUGGUGAUAAUUUUCUCGAUUCUUGUAACCUUAGUGCUUGGUUACAUUUCAUUGUAAGAAGAAAUGAAUGGAAUACUUAUCAGUGAAGAUACUGGUUUUGUGGCAACGUGCAUACAAUGAGAAUUUUGCCAGGAUAAGAAUACCUCUCUUACUUUUCAAAAAUUGAAGAAUGUGUACGAAAAUGUCCAGUACAUCAGUUUUUCUUUGUGAAUUUUUGAGUAAUUGUUGACAGCUUUAAAAUAACCCGUUUCUAAGUUCUUGAAGUGAAUAUUAAAAACUGUAAAGUAAGGUGUUUGAUGGAUGAUAGAAGACUAUGUGGAACAUGAAAACAUAUUGAUUUCAUUAUGGCCUUGAACACUUAGGGAGGAGGGCAGGUGGAAAUAUUGAGGCAAGGAAUAAAUUGUUGGUUGUUUUAACAGACUGUUGCUUUGCUUUAUCCUGCUUUAUGAGAGACUGUGUCGCUCAUAACAAGUAAUUGUCAUGUCAAGAAAUCUCUGUUCUUUAGUUGAAUGCCAUAUUUCAAGCUACGAAGAACGUUGAAAAUUAUCAACAUUUUUUCGUGCAAAAUGUUUCAUAAUUACUUUUGACCACCAAAUUUUGGUGGAAUUUCAUUUGUUCAGAGCAACUAUUGUUCAACGAAGUACUCUCUUUUAUACCGUCGUGGGGGAAUUGGUUUUGUUCAGUGAUUUUCUAGGAAUUAUGCUAGUUUAUUUUAUAUGUAUAGGGUAGUUGUUUAAUUCGGAUAACAUUUUCGUCAUUUUGAGCAUUCUUGAAAUGUUACUGUUGUACAAGUAAUAAAAUACUUUGUUACAUGC